AAGCAGGCAAAGGAAAAACCAUCGUACCAGUGGAUCGUCAGCCAACAGGCAGUUGUAGUCGAUUGAUUGAUUGAUUGAUUGAUUGAUUGAUUGGUGGUUAUUGGCUGGGCUGGGUAAUGGCAUGGGUGUAUGAGAAAAGUGCCACGUGGCGAUGGCUGGUGGCUCGCUCCAAGGCCUCCCGCCUGUUUUACACGACGUUCGCGGCCGCAUGCAUCGGUGUGCCUUGUGCGGCGGGCGUGAUGUUGAUGUCUCUGUCCAACACGCAGGACAAAGCAACUCGAUUGCGAAAUCAGAUGGGAACACGUGGCAGUUCAGAUGCGCAGUUGAUGGGUCGUGUCAAUAGCGGUCGCCUGAAUCAACUGCUGUCCGAAAUAAGGAACAAGGAGGACACAGAGGACCGUUACGUGGCAGCUCUCCGGGGAGAGACGCUGACGGGAACGCCCCAGGAGCGGGUCCGAGGAGGAGGAGGGACAAGCAUGACAUCGAGGACGACAGCGCCGCAAAGCGCGCCGCCACAAAGCGCACCGCAAAGCUUGGCGUCCGUACAAUCAAGCCUGUCCUCGUCAGCGGUAGAUCGUGCGGUGCUGGGAGAGUCCACGUCGAUAAGCGGUCGAGGAGGUGCUCAGUGACUUGCUCUUGCUGUUCUGCUCCGUGUCCGACACAGAUGAUACUGAUGUGAAAGAGAACGGGCUGAUUCCCCUGCCUACCGUCUUCUUCGCCCGAACGGAACGCCUUCCAGUCAUUAUCGCUGUAGUUGGUGCUUGCUUGGUGCGCCUUGCAGUCUGUUGUUGAUACAGCGACAAAGACCGGGCGUGUUCUAUUCGGCUGAAGACUCUCCUGCCGUCGCCUUCGGGGCAAUGGGGCCAGACGAGGACGAUUGAAGACAAAUGACGCCCCUGACGCCAAAGGCGGGACAACAGUCCAGGUGCAGCAGGUUGAUUGGAGGUCUCACACAUCGCAGAGACGGAGGAGAUGCCGCGUUUCAUUCAGCCU